UCCGCCCAAUUUGAGAAAAUCAGAGUGGUUUCUUUUUUCAAAAUGGCAACCGAUUCUUCGUUUGCCUUCCUCUGAUUUUCUCUUCUAGGCGCUAAUGUGAUUACACUCCCUCUGAUCACUAAUAGCCUCUCCGCUCCGCCGUAGACAGUAAAAACGACAUGUCGUCUACCGCAUCCUCCGUCGGUUUGUCGUCUACUCCGUUAACCGUACCGCCCGAAAAUCCAUCGCGAAAAUCCAAAAAUAGCAGUCGAUCGUCUCGGCAACUGUGCGAGAUUUGUUUAGAGAGAAAAGCAAUCGACAACAUGUUUACAAUCGAGGCCUGUCUUCACUCCUUCUGCCGCAAAUGCGUGAUUAAACAUGUCGCCGCGAAGAUCAACGGCGGAUCUUCGCGCGUUUCUUGCCCUAGCUUGGACUGCUCAAGAUUCGUAGAGUUCGAGACCUGCUGGGGAAUGCUACCGAAAAGGGUGGCGGAGAAGUGGGAUAGAGCGCUUUGCGAAGCGCUGUUUGUGGAAGCAGAAAAAGUGAUGUGCCCUUUCAAGGACUGCUCGGCGGCGAUGGUGAAUCUUGAGAAGGGGCGGUCGGCAGAUAUAUUGGAGAGCGAGUGCCCGAUUUGCCACAGGCUGUUCUGCGCCAAGUGCCGGGUCCCGUGGCACGCGAGAGUCACGUGCGAGGAAUAUCAGAGACAGAAAAAAUCAAAGAAGAGAGGGAGAGAGGAUGAUGACGCGUUGUUGAAGGAUAUGGCCCGUAAAAUGGAGUGGAUGAGAUGCCCUCGCUGCAAGUUCUUCGUCGAAAAGACUUAUGGUUGCUUACAUAUCACUUGCAGGUGUAAAUUCGAGUUUUGUUAUGCCUGUGGAUCACAGUGGUCUCACAACCAUGGUGGGUGCCGCCAACCCAAUUGACCCACUCAGCCAAAAAAAAAUUUACACUGCACCUUUUUUUUUUUAAUUUAUUUUUAUUCAGGAUGUUUCUUUUGGCUCAUAUUUUCUAGAAAUAUGAGGUAAGAAGACAAUAGGAAAUAUUCAAGCUUGGGUUGAAUAUUUGCUACACAGUUCAAUUCAAUUGUUUUGAAAUGGUGAAGGGAAUUAUGAUGGACAAAUUUUUUGUUGUAAAUGA